AUGACCUCGACCUUUUUCACGCCGUUCUCCCUCGCUUCUCUACCUAACGACCAUCACCCGCGCGUCCUCGAAGCCCACAUCGUCAUCCAUGUACUCAUUCUCAGUACCGCGAUCCUGCUCAUCAUGCAACUCAUCUCGCAUACGGCUGCUGCUGAGGCGGUCGAAGACUAUGGCGUACCGCCAGAAUGGAAGAAGCAACUCAUGCGACUAACGCUCGCAAAGACCCGCACACGACAUCGAACGUCAGCCAUCAAGUCGAAACUCUACACUUCGCAAUGGCACAUCAUCACACUGGACCAGCGACUCGGACAACCCACCAUCGUCAUCUCCGGCAUCCUUGGCUCAACACACAUACCACCCCUUUCUCCACCCGGCCUACAAGCCCCUAGCUCAUAA